UGUGAGUGUAAACUCCUCCCUUCCUGUUUUCAAAUCUAUUUCAUAUGUUGCUUAUCUUACUUAAAUAUACAGUAGGCAGGAGAAUGAAAGUGCUGUUCCUUUAAUAUCAGAACUCUGCACGCUACAAUAGGUGUCACUGUUUUGCUUGGUCCAAUCAUGAUUGGUGACUUCAGCUAUUGGCUCGGAGCACUGGCUGUCUCACUCCAUCUGCAGGGCUGUAAUACCUACUCUCCUCCGAUCCAUUCACCACACAACUUCGGCCGGCUGAACAGACUCCAGCCUCGCUGGGCUCCAGCACAUCUUCCUAACCUAAUUCAGAAAACAAGUGCUACUGCUCUGUGCCUAUCAUCUUCGCUCAGUGUAGCGUUUUCAGGUGAUCUAGGAAAUGCUUAUUUUCAUGAACAAAUAAGAGAAAGAGGAAUCAUGAUGGGGAUGUGUUUAACAGACCCAGUACUGGAUAAAACUUAAAGCCAGUUUCUGUUCAACAUAGUGAAAAGGUCACCUUGCCUGGCUGUGAAAAAAGAAGCAAAAUAGCAGCUUGUUGGUUUCUGUUAACAUCUCAGCUCCGGCUAACCUCUUUUGCUUGAUGUUCGAACCAGUUUGGGAUAUCUAGCUCUAAAGAGAGACAUACUCAUGGUAGAUGACAAGGAAAAGAACAUGAAAUGUCUUACCUUCUUCUUGAUGCUUCCAGAGACUGUAAAGAAUAGGUCCAAGAAAAGCUCGAAGAAAGCAAAUACUAGCAGCAGCAGUAGUAGCAGCAGCAAUAGCAGCAGCAGCAGCAGCAGCAGCAGCAGCAGCAAGUUGCCCCCAGUUUGUUAUGAAAUAAUUACCUUGAAGACUAAGAAGAAGAAGAAGAUGGCUGCUGAUAUAUUUCCCCGCAAAAAACCAGCUAACUCCAGCAGCACCACUGUCCAGCAGUACCACCAGCAGAACCUCAGUAACAACAACCUUAUCCCGGCCCCCAAUUGGCAAGGUCUCUAUCCCACCAUCAGAGAAAGAAAUGCGGUGAUGUUCAAUAACGAUUUGAUGGCAGAUGUACAUUUUGUGGUUGGCCCACCAGGUGGGACUCAGCGGUUGCCAGGACACAAAUAUGUCUUAGCUGUUGGGAGCUCUGUCUUCCAUGCGAUGUUUUAUGGAGAACUUGCUGAGGACAAAGAUGAAAUCCGUAUACCAGAUGUUGAACCUGCUGCUUUUCUUGCUAUGCUGAAGUAUAUCUAUUGUGAUGAAAUUGACUUGGCUGCAGACACAGUGCUGGCCACACUGUAUGCUGCCAAAAAGUACAUUGUCCCUCACCUUGCCCGAGCCUGUGUGAAUUUCCUGGAGACCAGCCUGAGUGCCAAGAACGCCUGUGUGCUGCUCUCCCAGAGCUGCCUGUUUGAAGAGCCAGACCUGACCCAGCGUUGCUGGGAGGUGAUCGACGCCCAGGCCGAGUUAGCUCUCAAGUCUGAGGGGUUCUGUGAUAUUGACUUCCAGACGCUAGAAAGUAUCCUUCGCAGGGAAACUCUGAAUGCCAAAGAAAUUGUCGUUUUUGAGGCAGCUCUCAACUGGGCUGAAGUAGAAUGCCAGCGACAAGAUCUAGCUUCAAGCAUUGAAAAUAAACGCAAAGUCUUAGGAAAGGCACUUUACUUGAUCCGCAUACCCACAAUGGCCCUUGAUGACUUUGCAAAUGGUGCUGCCCAGUCCGGAGUAUUAACUCUCAACGAGACCAAUGACAUCUUCCUCUGGUACACUGCCGCCAAAAAGCCUGAGUUGCAGUUUGUAAGUAAAGCUCGGAAGGGUCUCGUCCCCCAGCGCUGUCACCGUUUCCAGUCUUGUGCCUAUCGAAGCAACCAGUGGCGCUAUCGGGGCCGCUGUGACAGCAUCCAAUUUGCAGUUGACAAGAGAGUGUUCAUCGCUGGCUUUGGGCUGUAUGGCUCCAGCUGUGGCUCUGCAGAAUACAGCGCCAAGAUCGAACUCAAGCGGCAGGGUGUUGUCUUGGGGCAGAACUUGAGCAAGUAUUUCUCAGAUGGGUCCAGCAAUACCUUCCCGGUGUGGUUUGAGUACCCAGUGCAGAUUGAGCCAGACACCUUUUACACAGCCAGUGUGAUUCUGGAUGGCAAUGAACUCAGCUACUUUGGACAAGAAGGCAUGACGGAAGUUCAGUGUGGCAAAGUGACUGUCCAGUUUCAGUGCUCCUCAGAUAGCACAAAUGGCACUGGUGUACAGGGAGGGCAGAUCCCUGAACUUAUAUUCUAUGCUUGAAACUUUGCCUCCCCAAAGCAGUGCAACCCACGGGUGCAUAUCUGGUCCCUCCUUGCUUAAUGCUUAGCUCAUCUGCAGAUAAGCGAUCAGUGCAGGUAAUUUGUAAUGAAUGAAGCGAUAGGCAGUUUCUAAUUUCUUUUAAUCAUUAAAUUAUGUACAGGCUAAAAUGCAGCAUUCUGCUUUCAACUGUAUAUACUUAAGAGCCAAGCUUUGUGGUUUUUAGAGUUACAUCUGUACACCUAAGGGGAACAUAGUACUCUUCCAUGUGCCCCACCAACCUCCCAGUUUUGUCUCUCUGAAGAAAGUUUGGGAUCACCUCAAAUUUCCUUCUGGAUUUUAUUUGAUGAAUGGAAGUAGUCCAAAAUAAUAACACCAAGAAUUGUUGUAAACAUAGCCUUUGCCCCUUUAAAAAAAAAAAAAA